UCUGGGGAAGCCCAGGGGCUUCUGGUCUGGCCCCUUCCUUUUCCUGGGACUGACAUCACUGACAUCACAUCUGGCUCUUACAGCAUCACAGGUGGUGUUUGCCACCUUCUCAGGCCUCCCAGCCUUCUCCCACUCAGAGCUCUGGGUGGGGUGCCCAGGUUGGCCCCCUGUUGCCCAGUGGUCAUGGUUGGGCCUAGUUCCUGCUCUUCUCACCUUGUUUUUGGACAGAUUGCCUUGGAUGGUGGCCUGCAUCUGACAGUCCCAUCGCUCCUCUCUGCUAUUCUGAGGCCGCAGCUGUCAGCCCUUCAGCGCUUGCAUGGAACGCCAGGGUUUGCCACAGCCUCUCCAGCCACCUCUGUCCUGUUGUGUCCCGUGUGCCUUCUGCCCACCCUGCCUGGACGUCUCUUCCUUUCUCCUCUUCCUUCGCGCAGUUGGCGGGGCAGCUUGUGCCUGCUUCCAGCAUGCCUCAAGGCUGGUGCCGUCGGCAGGGCCCUCGCAAUCCUAUCUGGGUGGCAGCCAAUUACGCCAGUGCAUGCCUUUGGCAGCAGGUGGAUGGGGCCUCUCCUGGGGUCACACAUGCACCAUUGGUGGAUCUCUGGAUCGAGCAGCCCUGCUGUGGGGACCUUGUGUGCGUGCGCACAACCACGGAGCAGAUGAGCACAGCGGGCCCUGCUCCUGGCGGUAAGCCUACAGAGAGUGGGCCCCCAGUGAUGCGCAUAUCUGCCCAUGGCCCCCUCUGGGUGGACUUCCACUGGGUGCCCGACUAAGACCCAGGCACCUUCGAUGGUUCCCCUUGGCUGCUGAACCGCUUCUUGGCCCAGCUGGGUGAUUUCAUGUCCUUCCACUUUGAGCACUACCAGGACAACCAUGCCAGCCCUUUGGGCUUGAUUCUUUGUGAGGUUCUUGGGCUCCUGAUGGGCCAGGCCUGGGCGUGGGCAGCCCCCUAGCUCAAUGGGGACCUGCCCUUGCCUGACAAUUGUGAGCUCUUUUGCCAGGAUCCUGAGGAAGUUAUUUAAGCCCUGAACAACUUCGCUGAGUACCACGCUGCGGUUCCCCACCUUUUGACUCCGGCCUCGAGCCAGCCGCCCAUAGCCCCGCAGCUGCCUGUGCUAAGACAGUACUUAGCUUGGUUCUCUGAGGCCCUGGCACUCAACGUGGGCUCUCCUCCCAGGCCUGUCCCAGCUGCUCUGGCCACCUCUGCUGUUUGUAGUUCUGACUCCACAUCCAGAGAUGCUCUGUCCAAGCAGCAGCUAGCCACGGAGAGCAGCCUUAGGCCCGCGGAGCCUCCUACCUGGUCCAGUUCUGCAUGCAACACCAUUCCUGGUCCUGGGGGGUCAGCUUCCUCCCAGCCAGGGGUGGUGCCUCCAGACUUCCCUGCCCUUACAGAGUCUACUAAACCCUCUGCCCAGAAACCAGGUCCCGCUCACCCAAGGGGUCCAGAACGCCAGAAAACACAGGAGGUCUCUGAGACAGAGGGAGACCAGGAGGCACCCUUAGGUACCCCACAGAGGGCAGUGGACGCCUCGGAGACCCCAAGAGAGCCACCAUGUCCUCCCGUGCCCCAGCCCACAGCCCUGGAUUCUGAAUGUGCAGGUGCAGCAGUGCCCUCUCAUGAUGAAGUGGCCUGCAUAGCCAAGGAGCCCCCAGCCCCCUGUCAGGACAGUGGCAUUGCCAGAUGACUGUAGAUGUAGCACCAGGUGUCUCUCUGUACACUUGCCCUGUUACUGGGCAUUGGUGCACCUGUCUGAGCAUACACGGCUCCUUAGCACCACACCCCCAGCACAGGAGGACACUGGCCUCUGCCCUGCCCCUCAGGCCCCAACUCCCCCAGUGGCCCAGAGGCUGCCUCCCCCCCAGCUCUCAGCUACAUCUUCACAUCUUAUUGGGGAGUGCCGUCUCACCUGGCCUGUUCCCACUGGUCGAUCAUUUCCCCACCUGCUAUUUGUACUGUCCUUGUGACUGUCUCCCUCCUUCCCCCCCAAAACUGACUUCCUUCCGUGCUGGCUGGGACUGGACUGGGUCUGCCAUGCCAGCCCUUUGGGCUUGAUUCUUGUGUGAUACCUGCCUGGACCCCUGCCUCAGUGUUCACCACGUGUAAUCUCUGUCCUGUGGGCUGGAAAUUAAGGAAGGCUGCAUGGAGGAGGCAGCUCCUUUCAUUAUCCAGUGUGAGUAGGGUGUCUUGGCAGAGGAGGGCGCUUCCCUGUGGGCCUCCUGGCAUCCCUGCCUCACAAGAAGGCUUGGACACAGGGAGGUGUGGUGGGCACCUCCUUGCCAGACCAGCUCCUCCCAGGCGUUUGCCCUGCUGUAGGAGCUUCUAGUCAUGCCGGGUCUUCAGGAGGCGGCCCGGGCCUGUGCUGCCCUCCCUCCUGCUCUCCAGCAGUCCUGCUCCCCUGCCCGUGUGUGCAUGGCUUAUGUCACUGCUCAGACCCCGACACAGUAAUGACUCAUGUCUCUGGGUAGACUGAGCUCUAGGGCAGGGGCUCUCCCUCAGUCAGCCUUGUGCUCCUGGUACACAGUCGGUGCUCAUUAAAUGUGUGUGAGCCCAUGGCUGAGCUGUGGUGUGGUGGCUGCUGACUGAGCAGAGUCCUUGCCCAUCAUCAGGAGCAGAGGCCUAGGCCCCACUGCCCAGUCAGCGUUGCACGUGUGAUUUCUGAUGGGGGCUUGGAGCAUCGCAGGGUCUGGCUGAAGGGGUUGGGACAGAGUGGGUGGGAGUAGGAGGCUCGGUGGGGGCAGUGUGGCUAGAGGUCGAGUGGGGAGUAAGCAGUGGACCAGAACUGUGGGGCUGCAGGGCCAGAGGGCUGGGGUGGAGAAGGGCUCACCCUGCACGGGGCAGGUUUCCUAAUGACCAGUGAGGUCAGCACCGGACAGACACAGUGCCCCUGCACAGAGGGCAGGUAGGCAAGCAUUUCCAGUCCAUUUGGGUUUUGCAAUUGUGGAAACAAAGCAGAGCACCUUUUUGGAAAGUAGGAGGGAAACAUAAGUGGAAAUGUGAACUGCAACUGAAACGAUUCAUUUUAGGAAAAACAGUAACAAGUGGGUAAAACGUUUUAAGUCAAAUAGAUAUCUUUGGGAUUAUUUCAUUCAGUAGUUUGCUGGAAAAGGCCCUGGGUCCGGGUGGUGUUACUUGAGAGUUACUCUAAGGCUCAGACAUCCAGUAAGUACAGCACUUGUAGCUGUGCAUCUUGGAAAGACUCUGAGGCGGCGGUGGCUUUUACUGAUCAGGUGUGAGAUCUGGACGGUCCUGCCCAGCCUGGUCGCACUGCUGCCCCCGUGCUGUCACUCAGGCCCGGCCCUCCUGUGGGUCCAGGGUUGUUGGCAAUGUCAGGACUCUUGUCUGAGCUGGUGAGAUGCCUGUGGCCACAGAGCCUGGAGCCGCCCUCGGACAGACACCCAGUCAGCGCCCCUCUGCCCAGCCUGCCCUUUCUGCUUCCACUUAGUGGACCUGGAGUGAAUUCCUUCAGCUCGAGAUUGUCCUCUUCC